AUGGAAGACGACCGUCUCUGGAAGUUCAGCAGGCCGGCCUGGCUUAACAGCGCCUGGGCACGCAAUGUCGGCGUCUACUCAGCUGGUGCUCUGUUCUCCCUCGCCUUCUACGUCCUCCUCGACAGCGCCGUGUGGUCCAAGUCGGCGCUCAAUCAGUCCGACGUGCACGUCAACUUCGUCGACUGGCUGCCCUUCAUCUUCAGCUCGCUCGGCAUGCUGAUCAUCAACUCGGUCGAGAAGACGCGCCUGUCGGGUGACUCGUUCAGCUACUCCGGGUCCGGCGUCGCCUGGAAGGCCCGCGUCGUUUUGUUUUUGGGCUUCGCCGCGCUGGCCGGCGGCAUGGCGGGGGGCAUCGUCGUAUUUGUGCUCAAGUUCGCCGUCCCCGAGGUCGGCUGGCCCAUGUUGGGCAUGGGCGUCGAGAACAUCGUCGCGAAUGCGCUCGUCGGGCUCAGCACUGUCAUCCUGUGGAUCAGCCAGAAUAUGGAGGAUGAGUACAGCUACAAUCUGUCGCUGUGA